CAAAAAGCACAACAAGGCCAUUCAGAGCACUUUGCUUGCUAUAUCAUUCUGCAGGAUUCAUACAGUCGUAGUCAGAAUGGUACAGACUCACCAAGUCACCAUCGACUGUAGCUAGGAGCCGCAGAGACGAUGCUCCAAACGAAGGAGAAAUUGUAGACGACAAUGUUUAUUGCGACAUUGUCUGGGUGCUUGCGGAAAGCACGGCCUGCCUUAGAAGCUGUCAGAAUGUCACGGUACUGUGGACCGCUUAGAAGCCCGCGAGGCGACGACACAAUACUAUUGACCUUAAUAGCGUAGAGCAUUGGAAAGGAAUGGACCGUAUACUUAAGGCGAGUUAUGGUGACCAAGGUCAGCGGGACGCCAAUGCAAAAGGACGAGUGCCUCGUGCGCAAGCAGCGCAAGUGGAGGCGGCUUUUAGGGAGAAAAGAGCAGCGAACCCAAGAGCUGAGCUGCCACCACCUCCUUCCGGCAACGGCCCAUUGUUCUGGGAUGCUAAGCACCAAGGGACGCCGUACGGCCUGUUUAACGCGAAGCCGCAAGCGCCACCGCCGCGGCGCGAGGUGAAGGUGGAGAUCCGCCCCGGCAUCUUCCACGUCGUGGAGCAGCCCGCAGCAGCAGCAGGGGCGGGG